GAAUGAGAGAAUUAAUUUCUUUCGACUUUUUUUUUACUUCUCUUCUUUCGUUUUAUUCAUUCAGCACACAUUCAUCUCAUUAUCGAUUUGCAAUGUAUGUACUUAAGAUGCAACUGGGUAUACAUACGGCAAUUUGAUUAUCUAUUUCGUUGCCAUUAAAAACAUCUGUACCAAUCAGUAGAAAAUCAGUUCAUCGUCGCUAGUAACACCUGAUGGUUUAAACAUCACGUCGAUAUAUCUCGUCAGUGUCAGUGUUCGCUGUUAAAAUGAGUUUUCACCUUGAUUUUCACAAAGUGUUUUUGCUGUCGGUGUGUUUCAUCGCCACCGAACAUUUUGCUGCAAUUGUCGUUCCGAAAAUAUCAAGCAUUCAACAUCCGCCAGUUCCAAACAAUUUUUUCCUUCAUGAGCCGAGUAUGUUAUCAGACGAUCCAGAAUUAGCGCCCGGUCUGUACCAGGGUGACAUUGCCAUUGACAACAUAAUGCACGACUUCUGGAAAGUCGGUCUGCUGUGGACUGUAUUCCCCGAACGAUUGUGGCCCAAUAACACCGUACCGUAUUAUAUCAGUCCACUGUACGAUCCCGCCGAUCACAUGAUCAUUCUAAAGGCAUUGCGGACGAUCAAGUUCAUGACCUGCAUUCGAUUUAUACCGUGGAACGGCGUCAGUAAAGAUUUCUUAUUGAUUUGGCCAAUGAAAUAUCCGAAAGGCUGCUGGUCGUAUGUUGGUCGAAUUGGUGGUCCACAGAUUGUUUCACUGCAGCCGCCAAGUGGAGGUCGACCGAACUGUCUGGGUACAGAAGCACGGCCCAUUCAUGAGUUAUUGCAUGCGUUGGGCAUUUUCCAUGAACAGUCUCGUGCCGAUAGAGACGACUAUGUGACGGUUCAUUGGGAGAACAUCAGAGAAGGAUACGAAAACAAUUUCGAAAAGCAAUCGUUGAGCAAUACAUCGUUUGCAUUCGAAUACGAUUACGACUCGGUUAUGCAUUACGGUCGAAACUAUUUCAGCAAGCAGAAAGGCAAACCGACCCUUACAUCGAAAAUGCCGGGAAUGGAGCUGGGACAGAGGAGGGGAAUGAGUGUUACGGAUUGCUUGAAAGUGAACGAUUUGUAUCGUUGUUUGGAUAAUCCACGGUCCAGCAGGAAGUAUUACUCGCUGUGCAAAUUGAUGGGAAUUGGCAAUGAGACAUAAAUAAAGGGACGAAAUUCAACUAUUCAUUUUGCUUUUGUGUCGCUUCGUUUAGAAAUCUAAAAAAAUCACAAAAUCGGAACUGAGAUAAACAAUUCGUCUGCGAGGCAGUUGAUAGGGUGGUCCAAAUUCGAAUGAAAAUCAAAUCACUCACGCGAAGCCGAAGUCAA